GCAGUUCGGCGGAACGGAUCGAGAGGCUCUUUAUUUGUGCAUAACAAGUGAAAGUGAUACGUUCGCCCAUUCCAAUAGACCGUCGAGAAUGCAAAGUUCCAUUCUUCGCCAUGUGGUGCGAUCGGCAUAUAGCCGUGCCUCCGGUCCUGCCACCCGCAUAGCACUAAUCAGACACCUUUCCUCGGAUAAAACUCCAAGCCGAACAGCUCUCUACGAAUUCCAUCAGAAACAUGGUGGGAAAUUGGUGGACUUUGCCGGCUACUGGCUACCGGUGCAGUACAACGAUCAGAGCAUUAUAAAGUCGCACCUAUACACACGAGAGUACGGCUCCAUCUUUGACGUUUCUCAUAUGCUGCAGACGUAUCUGAAAGGCAAGGAUGUGAUCAGCUGCUUCGAAUCCAUCUGCACAGCAGAUAUCAAGGGCCUGCGCAAUGGAACUGGCACACUUACAGUGUUCACCAACAGCUCCGGAGGCAUUCUAGAUGAUUUGAUCGUUAACCGAGUUGCGGAUGAUGUUCUGUACGUGGUAUCAAACGCAUCUAGGAAAGAUGUUGAUAUGGCCAACAUAUCGAACGCUGUCUCGUCCUUCAAAACCAAUGGGAAAGAUGUGUCAGUGCAGUUUCUUUCCUCCGACGAUCAGUCGCUUCUGGCCGUCCAGGGACCGAACGCUGUCAAAACAUUGCAGAAACUCUGCUCGAAAGAUCUUUCGAAAUUGUUUUUCAUGAACACCACCACUGACACGAUCGCAGGUGUAGAAGGCUGUCGUAUAACGCGCUGCGGUUACACGGGUGAGGAUGGGGUUGAAAUCUCGAUUCCUUCAGCGCAAGCAGAACAUAUUGCUACAGCUUUGCUCGACCCAACCAUUGGCAAUCUAAAGAUGGCCGGUCUGGGAGCACGAGAUUCACUGCGCGUUGAAGCCGGUCUCUGUCUUUACGGCAACGAUAUCGAUGAGACUACGACACCGGUCGAAGCUAAUUUGCUGUGGUUGGUGGCGAAGCCACGGCGUGUCGAGAACAACUUUCCGGGAUCGGACAAAAUCAACUCACAAAUAAAAAAUGGUGUCACACGCCGACGAGUAGGCUUCAAGAUGGAUUCCGGAGCUCCUCCGGCACGACAACACGUAGAAAUCUACAACAACGAGCAGCAGAAGGUUGGUGAAAUUACUAGUGGCUGCCCCAGUCCAUGCUUGCAGCAAAACAUAGCGAUGGGCUACAUUCGCGAAGAAUACAAAAAACUUGGCACAGAAAUUACCCUGAAAGUUCGCGAUAAGCAUUACCACAGUGCUGUGGCAAAGAUGCCAUUCGUAGCAACACACUAUUAUCAGGCGCCUAAAUAAGAUUCAUAGUUAGUGACGAAAAUAAAUCGAUUGUGAUAAUGCGAAUAAAAAAACAUACCACAAUCAUAA